AUGGAAGAGGAAGGCAGCUGCAUCCCAAGAUCGGUUCUUCAAGGUGAGAGUCCCUUCACCAAGGUCACCAGAGAGUUCUUGAAAGUUCCUGAGACUCCUAUCCACUCCAUUGAUGAAGUGAUGGUCGCCUAUAAGGGCACAAGGGCUGGUAACCUUCGCCAGUAUGUCGCAAAGAAGCCUGACAAGUGGGGCUUCAAGUUGUUCUGCCGCUCCAGUGUGGAUGGGGUUGGCCGGAAGUACCUGAGAUCACAGUAUGGAUUGCCGGUAUGUGGGCACUGCCAGGAAAACCGAGUUGGUCAUCCUCCCCUGACGUCUGUGAAGGAGAUGAACAAGAAGCGACACAAAGGGGGACACUGGACUAUGUCUUCUGAUGGCAUCCUUGUUGCAAGAUGGAAGGACAACAGCGUUGUGACAAUCGUCCUCUGA